UCUACGAUUCACUCUGAUUGACCCAGCGGGGAUCCCGUAGCUAACAUUUGUUAGGCUAUACUGCUCCUUGAGCGAGGCAGGUGUCAGGCGUCUGCACGCCAGCAAUUGCAACAGUUAUUUGGCACACAAAUACAAGUAAUGCUUAUUUUGAAGCUAUGUUUUAGCUAACUUUGUGCUGCACUCUGAAGAUCAUUCCGGGUAAAUCAGCUCCCCCUUAGCAGGCUAAUUUGAGCCAGCUAGCGAGCAAGCUAACGACAACCUCAUAAAAAAGGGGAUAAAAAAGAACACGAAACGCGGUGGUUAGAGGGAAUAAGGUUGCGCUACUGACCGGGACUGCCAAGUUAAACAUCAGUAUGAAUGUCGCUAAAAGUGCUUAUCGAGUGUUUUCCGCAAACUCCUCUGCAGCAUGCACAGAAUUAGCCAAGAAGAUAACAGAGCGGCUGGGUGUUGAGCUGGGGAAGUCUGUGGUCUUUCAAGAGUCUAACAGAGAGACUAGAGUGGAUGUAAAAGAAUCUGUUCGUGGGCAAACCAUCUUCAUUAUCCAAACCAUACCAAGGGAUGUGAACACAGCCAUCAUGGAGCUGCUAGUCAUGGCUUAUGCCCUCAAGACGUCUUGUGCAAAGAACAUCAUUGGAGUUAUUCCAUACUUCCCCUACAGCAAGCAGUGCAAGAUGAGAAAGAGGGGCUCAAUAGUGUGCAAGUUGUUGGCUUCCAUGUUAGCUAAAGCAGGAUUAACGCACAUCAUCACAAUGGACUUACAUCAGAAGGAGAUCCAGGGCUUCUUCAGCUUUCCAGUGGACAACUUGCGUGCCUCCCCCUUUUUGAUUCAGUACAUCCAAGAAGAGAUCCCUGAUUACAGAAAUGCCAUCAUUGUGGCAAAGUCCCCUGCUGCAGCUAAAAGGGCUCAGUCCUAUGCAGAACGCCUGCGUCUCGGUCUGGCUGUGAUUCACGGCGAGGCUCAGUGUUCAGAGUCUGACAUGGCCGAUGGAAGACACUCCCCGCCGUGCGUACGCAACACCACAGGACACACAGGCCUGGAGCUGCCUUUAAUGAUGGCCAAAGAGAAACCUCCCAUCACUGUGGUUGGAGAUGUGGGUGGGCGAAUCGCCAUCAUUGUGGAUGACAUCAUAGAUGAUGUAGGAGACUUUGUUGCCGCUGCAGAGAUCCUGAAAGAGAGAGGAGCUUAUAAAAUUUAUAUUAUGGCCACGCACGGUUUACUUUCUGCUGACGCUCCACGCCUCAUAGAGGAAUCAGCCAUUGAUGAGGUGGUGGUGACCAACACAGUGCCCCAUGAAGUACAGAAGCUGCAGUGUCCAAAGAUCAAAACUGUGGAUGUCAGCAUGAUAUUGGCUGAGGCUAUCCGCAGGAUCCACAAUGGCGAGUCCAUGGCCUACUUGUUCCGCAACAUCACUGUGGAUGACUAGAGCGUGUUAGUGAUAGAGACCAAGGGCAGCACUGCCCCUUCCUGCCCAAUACUGUAACAUGUUAAAAUCAUAAUUUCAUGUCUUGUAUAUGUAAAAAAAAAAAAGAAGUGUAAUUAAUUUAAAGAGCUUCUAUAAAUUGCCCAAAGUUAUUUAUCUUCUUACCAAAUGCUAUUAAAAUAGAUCUCUCUCGUUAAUAACUGAAAAAAAAAAAAAGCGUCUGCAGGCGUAUUGAGGAUAAUAUAACAGGCAAGACCUUUUGCAGUUUUUAAAGCCACGUCUUGCUGCUCUCAUCCAUUUCACUUGAACAAAAGAUGCUUUGUAUUGAUAUUAUUUUGUCAUACUCUACAGUACCUCCUAUCUAGUGACUGAGCUUAAUCUGCAAAGGAGAAGAGUUUGCAAGAAUUUGUUGCUUGAACAGCCAACACUUUUGUUGGCUCUUGUGGUCAGAGCUGCUCAGGCACUGUGAUUUCUUUGCACUUAAUGAGGCAUGUUGCAUCUAACUAGUAAGAACAAGUAUAGAAACUGUAGUUCUCAAAUUAUAAUUUUAUGCAGCUUUUCUUUGCAUCUUUUGCAGAAGUACUUGGGGAAAUACAAGUUUUUUGUGUAGUCACCACAGAUGAAGUUCCACUCACUUUCAUUGUAUUGCACUGACAGCAAGAGUCUAAGAGUGAAUGGCUGCACACCACUGGCAGUAAGCAUGAAAUGCUGCAAGUUGCUGUGGGCAAAAUGAGCCUUUAUUGUAUUAUCACUUUAAUAUUUGACUGAAAUUCCGUUAAUAUUAUCUGAUUGUGACAAUACACUACAUAUGACAUAGGUAAAGGGAGGUCUGCAGUACAUUGUUGAUAUGUUGGUGCAGAAAGCUACUCUGGUUUGGUUGACUGAGUGCUUUUGUCAAAAGUAAAUAUUGUCUGCUAUCUGUAAUUAAAAGUAGAGCUGAUUUGUGCUGCCUACUUAAUAUAGUCUAUAUUGAAACGAUGACUUACCUAGACAGUUCUGCAAACAUACUAACCUCUUUGUAAGGUGUCCCAUGUUUGCUUAUUUUUCGCCUUCUGAUUCUUAAGAGCGUUAUUUGCAAAAUCCAUAAUGAUGUUGCCAGAAACAGCAAGGCUGUUCUGACGUUAGUCUCCAAGUGGCUGUGGUAUCUUCCUUACAGAAGAGCUAGUGUUGUUCAGCCCUCCAUGUUUUUUUUUUUUUGCCCUCUGAGUGAAUCUUGAGUGCAAAUGACUUUAUUUUCUAUGCUGUUUGAGCCUUUUGCUCAGGGAUAUGUACUUUAUAAGCCAAUGCACAAUUAUUUGCUGUAUCCUGUGCUUAUGAAGGUGUAUUACUGUUGUGUGCGCACACACUAAUACUUUGAGAAUGUCUUCCAUACAGCAGUACUGUACACCUGCGCUCAUUUUAUUUUCUAAUUUAGUUUUGCUAUCGAUGCUGGAUGUUGUUUGACAAAGGUGGGCGCUCUCUUGUGCACACAGUUGGGUAAAAAUGCUAUUAUGUCAGCUCAAAUUUCUUCUGUCCACAACGUGUUUCAGAAAUCCGUCUCUGUAUUUACUGUUUGCCCGACCCCACCCUCCCAGGAUUCUGUCGGACUGUAUUGUGUUUGUCACUGUCCAUCAAAAUAAAACAGUUG